AUGAAUAUAAUUUGGUCCGGAACGGCGAACUCGAUUGGCACUUUGGAGGCGAGCAGGAGGCAACUGCUUACUCUAUACUUACUUAUUGUCAUUAAGGAGAAGAAGUCGGGGAAAGAGUGUGCACGUGUGUGCGUGUGUGUGUGCGUGAGUGUGUACACUUGGCUGAGGAUGAUAAAGAUGGCCAUCGGUAGCCGCCGCCUGCACACGUGGACCAGCGUCUUCGUCGUACUAACGUCUGUGAUCUCAAUGGUUUCCUCGUCGGGCUUCUUCGAGAUGCAAAUUCUGGAGAUAGCCAACACCAAUAGCCAUCUACUGUCCGGAUAUUGCUGCGGUCUGCCGGUGGAGAAGCAGCGAACACAAACGACCGGAUGUCCGGCAUGUGCAACGGCGUUCAGGCUGUGUCUGAAGGAGUACCAGGGCACGACAUCCAGUGGCCAGCAGCUGAAGGCAGCAGCGGCGGCUGCGGCUGCUGCUGCUGCCGCCCAGCAGCAACCAGGGGAAGCCCUUUUGGCAGACGAACCGCAAACGGCGUCGUCGGCCAUGUACGGGUGUGCAUUCGGCAACGCCAGCACACCGACGCUGGGUGGUUCGAGCUUCGUCCUGUCCGACUCGGAAGUCGGCCGCGUCACGCUGCCCUUCACGUUCCGGUGGACGAAAUCGUUCACGCUCAUUCUGCAAGCCCUGGACACGUUCAACGAGUCCUAUCCAAUAACGGAUCGGUUGAUCGAGGAGACCUCGUUUUCCGGUGUCAUUCUGCCCUCGCACGAAUGGAAUACAUUAGAUCACACGGGGAAGAACGCCCGGAUCACGUAUCGGGUCCGAGUGCAGUGCGCAGACAACUACUACAACACGACCUGUACGACGUUCUGCCGGCCCCGGAACGACCAGUUUGGGCACUAUACCUGCGGCGAGCAGGGCAACAAGGUGUGCCUACCGGGCUGGCAGGGCGCCAACUGUGAGAAAGCAAUCUGCAAGCCAGGAUGCGACCAGAUACACGGCAAAUGUGACCAACCCGGGGGAUGCGAAUGCCGCCCCGGAUGGCGGGGGCCUCUUUGCAACGAGUGUAUGGUCUACCCGGGCUGUCGCCAUGGCUACUGCAACGGUAGCGCCUGGCAGUGCAUCUGUGAUACCAACUGGGGUGGAAUCCUGUGCGAUCAAGAUCUCAACUACUGCGGAACGCACGAGCCGUGCAUGCACGGAGGAACCUGUGAGAACACGGCACCGGACCAGUACCGGUGCACCUGUGCCGAGGGUCUGUCCGGGAUGCGGUGCGAAGUUGUCGAGCAUCCGUGUGCUCCGCAGCCCUGCCGGAACGGUGGCACUUGUACCCUCACCGGAAGUGGACAAGGUUCUGGGCGCGGAGGGUCGGACGACAAGAUGGAAGCGACCACCACUCCGAUCAUCGUCCGGGGGAUGCGGGGGAUGAGCUCGAUGGGAAAGCCGUACGGAAGGAGCAGUUUAGCGGGUGGGGCUGGACCGGGCGGAGGUGACUCUUCGUCCAGUAAGGAGCUAUUGUUGCUGCCGCAGCCGAUCAAAGAUUUCAUCUGUACCUGCGCGCCCGGAUGGACCGGGCCGACCUGCGAGAUAAAUAUCGACGAAUGUGCGGAAGGGCCUUGUCAGAACGGGGGCACCUGUAUUGACAUGGUCGGGAAGUUUCGCUGCGAAUGUCCACCCCAGUGGACGGGAGAAACGUGCAAUAUCGACGUAGACGAAUGCGAAACAAACGUUGCCUCCGGGCUGGGACCCUGCAUCAACGCCGAAUCCUGUCGGAAUCUGCCCGGGUCGUUUCAGUGCAGCUGUCUGGAGGGUUGGGGCGGUCCGACCUGCGCCCAGAAUCUGGACGACUGCGUGGGCAGAUGCAAAAACGGUGCCACCUGUAUCGAUCUGGUCAACGACUAUCACUGCGCCUGCAGCGUUGGCUACACGGGUCGUGACUGCAGUACCGAUAUCAACGAGUGCGCAAACUUCCCCUGCCGCAACGGGGGCGAAUGCGUCGAUCUGAUCGGCAACUUCAAGUGCAUCUGCCCGCUCGGCUACUCCGGAACGUUGUGUGAGGAAGCGAAAGACCACUGCACUUCGUCACCGUGCAUCGAAGGACGCUGUCUGAACACUCCCGGCGGUUACUACUGCCAUUGUCCGCCGGGCCGAGCUGGCAAGCAUUGCGAGUUCCUUCGGAUGCCAUGCGAUUCUUCACCCUGCUCUAACGAUGGCUGUACAAUGCCGUUGACGAACGAAACCUCGACCGGCCCCUCGACUGCGCUGACCCCGUGCAGCGGCCGUGGGAAAUGCGAAUCCAGUGUACUGGGGUCGAGCUGCGUCUGUCAGACCGGUUUCACUGGGCCCUUCUGCCAGCACAAUGUCAACGAAUGUUUUUCGAACCCCUGUAAGAACAGUGGGAUCUGCAUCGAUGGCGAAGCGGAUUACACGUGCGAGUGUCCCCCCGGAUGGACCGGGAAGAACUGCGGGGACCGAGCGGUUCAGUGUCUUCCGGGACAGUGCCUGAAUGCGGGCUCGUGCAUCUUGUCACCGAUUUCCGGAAUAUCGCAGUGCCGGUGUACGCUCGGUUGGGGAGGACCGUUCUGCAACGAACCGGUCGAUCAGUGCCAGGGUCAACCCUGUCACAACGGAGGCACCUGUGAGUCUGGACCCGGGUGGUUCCGCUGCCUGUGUGCAAGGGGCUUCUCCGGUCCGGACUGUCGGAUCAACGUGAAUGAGUGUUCGCCGCAACCCUGUCUCGGUGGCGCUACCUGCAAGGAUGGGAUCGGUGGAUUCACGUGUAUCUGUCCCGUCGGAAGGAGGGGCGUCCGGUGCGAAAUUCUGCUGUCGGACCCCUCGUCGGUUUGCUCGAACACGACGACCAACUCGCCGUACGAUCCCUUGGUAACGAGCGACCCGACGCCGCCUGCCACGAUCGACGAGAGCAACUGCAACUCGUGCGUUUGCGUCAAUGGGAAGCCGCGCUGUUCGAAUAUGUGGUGCGGCCUGCGGAACUGUUUGAACAAGAACUUCUCGAGCAAUGCGUGUGAAAGUCAUCAGGUUUGUGUCCCCGCCGCGCAGGAAAGUUGCCUGGCGCCACCGUGCAACCCGCGGGGAGACUGUCGGACCUUUGAACCGUCCCGGAGGGUUGCUCCUCCGCGAAUUCCGGCGCCGAUCGACUGUUGGCCCAAUCAGGCUACCCUCGGAACGCACUGUGCGCGGAUUUCGAUCCUGCUGGAACUGAACCGACUUUCCCGAGGCACCUCCGUCGAUGGAAUGUGCCACAUCCUGCGGUUACAGCUGGGCGAGAAGCUCAUCAAGAGCCCCUCGGUUGACGUUUCCGUGUUCGUAGUGCUGAUGUGCGAUCUCAAAACGGGAACGAAUGACACGAUCGAAGUGACCCUGUCAACGCCGACCGACAGCAGCAUCGGUGCCAGUCCGCUGACGGAGGCCGUUCGCCUUCUAGCGGAGAUCCUCUCCCGCCAGCAGGGCGUUCAGAACGAGUCCUUUCAGUCGGACAUUGCCGAGGCGGCUCCGUUGACUUCAAUUCUCGAGGUCAAGGUGGAAACGGCGCUGAUCAACGAAACCACCACCGGAUCGAACUACCUGAUCGCGGUGGGCUUCGGUAUUGCCAUAGUGGCCCUCUGCGUGGGUGCCUUCGUAGCGCUGAUCUGGCGGCAAAAGCUCCAAACCCACAGCGGCUCCGGAACGAAUCUCACCCCUCACAUGGACUUGUCCCGAAGUCACGAGGAAGAGAAGAGCAACAACUUGCAGAACGAGGAGAACUUCCGGAGGUACGCAAACCCCCUGAAGGGCAGUGCCAGUUCGCUGCGAGGUGCCAUGGAACUGAGUCUCAACCCGGCGCCGGAGAUCAACCAGAUCGCCGGUCCGAGUACCGUUCAUCGAUCGCAGCAGCUCUACCCGAGCUGCGGGAACGAUGGCGAGUUCGAGAAGGAUCCGGAAAAGCAGAAGGCUGCCAACCGGAACUCGCACAUCCUGCUGCACAAAACGCAGAACUCCGACAUCACCAAGAACAUUGUCAGCUCGAUCGAGAGCCAACACAAAGACUUUGGCAAGCGAAGCAUCAACGAGCACACGGCUUCGAGUGCGGUGGCAGCAGUGCCUCCUCCCAGUGCCCAAACUCCAGCGGGAAUCGUGGUGAGUAGCGUAGCAACGGCCCCGAGUAGUACGGCGGUGCCUACUGCGAUGAUCGAUUCCGAUGUUCUCACUGUACAUGUGUAAGUGUGCGAUGCUUCCACGCCGCGCCAGUUAGGUUAGGUCGAUUUUCUCUCAAUUCGCUGAGCUAGACUUCCAGUUGAGCAAUACUGGAAAAAAAAGUGAGAUUCUCAUUUUGUUUCGAAUAGGAUUUUUAUUUUCUUUUAAAUUUAAAAGUAUUUAUUUGCCUUCCCUCUCAUACACACACAAAAAAACCGUAGUAGACUUCUUUGUUGACAUUGCUUGCAUCGUGUAAAUAUAGCGAAUAUGAUGAUACAUAAAACUGUACGAAUGAGGAGAAUGCAAUUUCCGUACUUUGAAAAGCGAAUUUUUUUCGUGAAAGGAAAAAAUGACACGACAGUGUACAGUUAAAUGUAAUGUGAUAUUAAAUAAGAAGAAGCAAUAUUUCUUUAGAUGACGAACGAACGAACGAGAGAGCGCGAGAGAACUGAAGAGCGAGAAAUCACAAUUUAUUUAUGAUCGUCGAUAGAGAGACGCAGUGUUCUUUCACCGGCAAA